CGAGAAAUUCUACCAUUUUCCUCAAAAGAUUCCAGGUUUCAAGCCCAAACCAUAACUCCUCUCUUCCCUCGACUUCGACUUCGACUUCGACUUCGACUUCCGACACCGACCAUAACUAUAUUGUUAUUGUCCUCAUAAUUCCCACAUCAGAUUGCAUUGCACUGAAUUCUCUCUCUGUCCAAGUCUAGGAGAUGAGGCUGCUGAAGGUAGCAACUUGUAAUCUGAACCAAUGGGCAAUGGAUUUCGACUGCAAUUUGAACAAUAUCAAGGAAUCCAUAACCAGGGCUAAAGAAGCCGGUGCUGCUAUCCGCCUUGGCCCCGAGCUUGAGAUUCCUGGCUAUGGCUGUGAAGAUCAUUUCUUGGAACUUGACACUGUCACGCACGCGUGGGAGUGCUUGAAAGAAAUACUGCUCGGUGAUUGGACAGAUGGCAUAUUAUGCAGCAUAGGAAUGCCUGUUAUUAAAGGAUCAGAGCGUUACAACUGUCAAGUUUUAUGUUUUAACAGAAAAAUCGUCAUGAUACGCCCAAAAAUGUGGCUUGCAAAUGAUGGCAAUUACAGAGAACUUCGAUGGUUUACAGCCUGGAAGCAAAAGGACCAGCUUGUAGACUUUCAGCUCCCACAUGAAAUUUCUGAGGCUUUGUCGCAGAAAUCAGUACCCUUUGGUUAUGGAUACAUUCAAUUUUUGGACACAGCUGUUGCGGCAGAAAUUUGUGAGGAGCUUUUUACUCCUUGUCCUCCACAUGCUGAGCUUGCAUUGAAUGGGGUUGAAGUUUUCAUGAAUGCAAGUGGAAGUCACCACCAAUUAAGGAAGCUAGAUCUUCGGCUCCGCGCUUUUAUAGGUGCUACUCAUACUCGAGGAGGGGUCUACAUGUACAGUAAUCAUCAAGGAUGUGAUGGGGGCCGCCUAUAUUUUGAUGGUUGUAGCUGUGUUGUUGUAAAUGGAGAAGUUGUUGCUCAAGGCUCACAGUUCUCUUUGAGGGAUGUAGAAGUUGUGGUUGCUCAAGUAGAUCUUGAUGCGGUUGCUAGUCUAAGAGGAUCUAUAAGCAGUUUUCAAGAACAAGCAAGUUGCAAAACUAUAGUAUCAUCAGUUGCAGUUCCAUACAAUCUUUGCCAGCCUUUUAACCUGAAGAUGUCACUUUCCAGUCCCCUGAAGAUCAAGUAUCACUCUGCUGAGGAGGAAAUAGCCUUUGGUCCUGGCUGCUGGCUAUGGGAUUAUCUGAGAAGGAGUGGUGCUUCUGGGUUUUUGCUACCACUUUCUGGGGGUGCAGACAGCUCCUCUGUAGCUGCUAUAGUUGGUUGCAUGUGCCAACUAGUUGUCAAAGAAAUUGCAAAUGGAGAUGAACAAGUUAAAGCUGAUGCUAUACGAAUUGGAAAUUACUCUGAUGGGCAGUUUCCUACAGACAGUCGGGAAUUUGCUAAGCGCAUUUUUUAUACUGUGUUCAUGGGUUCUGAAAAUAGUUCUGAAGCCACAAAGAUGCGAGCUAAGACACUAGCAGACGAGAUUGGCUCAUGGCAUCUGGAUGUUUGUAUUGACAGUGUUGUCUCUGCUCUGCUAUCUCUGUUUCAGACACUCACUGGAAAACGACCACGCUAUAAGGUUGAUGGGGGAUCUAAUGUUGAGAACCUGGGAUUGCAGAAUAUUCAAGCACGAAUCAGAAUGGUGCUAGCUUUUAUGUUAGCUUCACUUUUGCCCUGGGUUCACAAUAAAAGAGGGUUUUAUCUUGUUUUGGGUAGCUCCAAUGUUGAUGAAGGAUUACGUGGUUACCUCACAAAGUAUGAUUGCAGCUCAGCAGAUAUAAAUCCAAUUGGAAGUAUUAGCAAGCAGGAUCUACGGAUGUUUCUCCGAUGGGCUGCCACACAUCUUGGAUAUUCAUCCUUGGCAGACAUUGAAGCAGCUCCACCCACUGCUGAACUGGAGCCUAUACGUUCUAACUACAGCCAGUUGGAUGAAGUGGACAUGGGAAUGACAUAUGAGGAACUAUCUGUCUAUAUAUGGAAGAUUGUGGAAAAUUUUCCGUUGCGGUCCUGUAUCAAUGUUCAAGAAUCUGUGCUACAGAUGGGGUGACAGACUAAGUCCAUUAGAGGUAGCUGAAAAAGUGAAACACUUCUUCAAAUAUUAUUCCAUCAACCGACACAAAAUGACUGUAUUAACACCUUCCUACCAUGCUGAGAGUUAUUCACCAGAGGAUAAUAGGUUUGAUCUGCGUCAGUUCCUGUACAAUGCAAGAUGGCCAUAUCAAUUCCGGAAGAUGGAUCAACUCGUGAAACAAUUAGAUGGUGACAAAGUUGCGUUUAAGGAAUCAGUUGGCCAUGGGAUGGGAGUUGUGGCAGCAUCUUCUGGUGAUCCUAAAGCUGGCCUUUAAUCAUCUUUUGAGUCUCAACUCAUUCAUGUCAUAGUUAUUAUAACUUGAAAGAUUAUAUUCACGGACCAAACUUGAAAGCACACUCCAAUGUCUAAUUUACGCUGUUUUGUAUUUGUCCUCAGCUAAUAAGAUGUGUUUGUAUACUCAAUCAAUUCAGUACAAUUUUUUUUAAUGAAACCAAUAAAAAAAUAAUUAUUUG